GAAGGGUGUGCCUUACUUUUAGGCUAUAUCUGUGCUGUCGCUGGGUACGUGUUACGGCGGUCUUAUCGGUGUUCCCGUCCGGGACGUGCAAAACAGCAGAUGGCACGUACUCCAACCGAGAGCUUAGGCCAUAAAUGCACAGGUGCACCGUCAAAACCUCUGCGAAUUACACCGUCCCUGCUUGUCUUCUCGUGCGCCGUUUCAGUAGGAUGUUUUUCAGGGUUUGCGCUUAAUGUCUAGCAGAAGUCGGUGAGGCAUCUCGCUUGUAAGACUGUGAAAAACUUCAUGCGGUAGUAGCAGUAGUAAUAUGUAUCGGGCUUGAUUUCCAGAGGUGGUAAGCAGCCAUAGCUCCGGGUGUUUAGUUGGAGUCACGCGCCUCCACAGCUUAAGAGAAUCUGACCCCUUUUCCUCUGCUAGUCAAUUUAAUACUUCCAGAUAGGAAUCUGAAAUGUAAUACUUCACAAAAUUAAAAUAACUGAUCUUGAAGGAGUUAAAAUUUCAACACCUUUUCCAAUCAAAGGCUUGAGGAAAUACUUCCCUAAUUUUUCUUUUCCCAGUGAGAAGGGGUGCGUUCCAGGGGGACGAGGGGGAACUUCAUGCUCAUUUGAACGGCUGUAUCAGUUCUGCCACUAUGAAGAAACUUAUGGCCCAGAAGCCAUACCUUCAGAUCCAGAACGGCAUGACCAUGAUUGACAAAGGAAAGAAAAGAACCUUAGAUGAAUGUUUUCAGAUGUUUCAGAUCAUCUAUCAGAUUACCACUAGGACUGAAGAUAUUUUACUGAUAACUAAAGAUGUUAUUAAAGAAUUUGCUGAUGAUGGUGUCAAGUAUCUGGAAUUGAGGAGCACUCCUAGAGAAGAAAAGUCCACAGGUAUGACCAAAAGGAUGUAUGUUGAAACUGUACUUGAGGGUAUAAAGCAGUGUAAAGAAGAAGGCUUGGAGAUAGAUGUAAGACUGUUAAUAGCAAUAAAUAGACGAGGUGGCCCGGCAGUUGCAAAGCAGACUGUUAAACUUGCUGAAGAGUUCCUUCUCUCCACUGAUGGGGUUGUAGUAGGACUUGACCUCAGUGGUGAUCCCACCGCAGGACAUGGUCAAGAUUUUUUGGAACCGCUCUUGGAAGCAAAAAAAGCAGGUCUAAGGCUGGCACUGCAUCUUUCAGAGAUUCCAAAUCAAGAAGAGGAGACCAAAAUUCUCCUGGGCCUGCCUCCUGACAGAAUUGGACAUGGAACAUUUCUCAACUCUGCAACAGCAGGUUCAGAAGAGUUAGUGCCACUUGUUCGACAGAAUCAUAUACCUAUCGAACUUUGCAUGACAUCAAACAUCAAAACUCAGACAGUGCCUUCCUGUGACAAACACCAUUUUGGAUACUGGUACAACAUGGGCCACCCUACAGUGCUUUGUACAGAUGAUAAAGGCGUCUUUGCAACAGAUCUAUCGCAAGAAUACGAGCUGGUUGCAAAAACAUUUAAUCUGACUCGAUCACAGAUGUGGGAUCUUUCCUAUGAAUCAAUCAACUAUAUCUUUGCUUCAAGUGUAGUAAAAUCAAAGCUAAGGGAACAGUGGUGUAAACUGAAGCCAACUCUGUUUUGUUAAACUGUUGUUCUGAAUGGCUUGGGUGUAUUAGCUUAGCUAAGCAACAUUUUUUACUGAAGUCCCUGGCUUUUUUCAGACUUCAGGUUUAUAAAUCCAGCCCAUAAACUGUGCCUGUGCAAAAUGAAGAUGACAGGAAUGCAUCCUUUGUUAGUGGGGACAGAAGUAAAUGUUCUUUUGUAGUUGGGAAGGGCUCUCAACCAGUGACUGAAAUUCCAAAUGUGUCGUCAUGUCAUUUCUCUCCAGUUGAUAGGACAUUUUUAAAAAAUACUUAGUUGAAAUACCUUACCAUACUACAAACAUUUGAGAGUCAGAGGAAAAUAAAGGCACAGCUGUUAGGGUUUAAAAUGUCUCUGUUGGCAGCAUGACACCAAGCAGUUUGUAUGUAUGGUGUGUAUAUUUGGUUUUUAUAUUGUUUUUAAACAGAAGUUUUGAGCAAUUGAUGGAACGUGAAGACAGAAACAAGCUCAGGGAGAAUGAAAUGUUUGUCCCAAAGGAAUUAAACAUUGCAUCCGUUUUUACUGGCGUACACGUAUGACUGAAGCCUGGUGUGGACUGUGUAGCACAUGUGGUGGUGCCUGUUGAUGCACUCGGCAGCGGUGGUAUUUAGCCAAAGCUGAGAAUCUGGAAUGGCUUAGCAAACUGUGAGCUACCUGGGGGAAAUGGUCUAAUUCUUAAAAUGCUUUU